ACGGAACUAAAGUUCCGGAUCAGCGGUACCCGAACCUCAAACACAGCUGCACGGAAGUCGGAAUGAAGCUGUACGGACAGAGGGCGAACUGGCACGCAUUGCUUCCGGUAUCCGUAUUAAACGAAGUAUCUCUGCAGUUAUAAAGCGGUGCAGAGAAACUCGGCUCAUCUUAGAAGACAAACUGCCUGCGUGCGAUUAAAGAAUGAAGGAGAAAAACGAUCUCCCUCUCCUGCCUCAAGUCCCCAUACUUCGCCUCCCGCGUCCACCCUCACCGUGCGGCCGUGGAUUUGAUCCGAAUUCCCCUCGUGCCCUCGCCUUGUGUCCACCUGUCGCGCACCAGAAAUCCCGAUCCAGCCUCCGCCAGCUCUUCCUCCGAAGCCUCCUUGCAUCUGCUGGUCGUCCCGUUACCUUUAAUCUCUACCAGCGCGUCACCGUCAGCGCAGAUCGCUUCAAUGCUUGUGACAUCGAGGUCAACAAUUUCCAGGUGUCUGAUUUGCAGACCCCACUUGGCGUCCAAAAAGAAGCAUUGAUCCGCGGCCAAGAUAUCAUAUCCUACACUUUCCACCUCUGAACCUCUUAUCACUACGUCAAUAAGACAUUACGUGCCGAAAAGACUGUCCAGUUGCGAAUAUACCGGGUAUCCGUAUGAGUUAUUAAUAUAAUUGUAUAUGGACUAUGGCAGCAUUACAUUCAUUGUUAAUAAGGAUAUAAUGUAUGGAUCAAACAAAGGCGUUUAGUCUCUGUGCAGCCUUCUGUAGUGUAAAUAAAUAGAUUAUUUUCUAUGGCUUUAA